AAUCAGACAGAGCAGCAGCCCAAACUCCUCAGAUACACACACACACACACACACACACACACACACACACACACACUGACACCAGCACACCCGCACCCGCUCACACUCCCUCCGCGAGCAGCCUGAGAUGGAUAGCUGCCAAUGACUGGAGCAAUGGACGAGUAGUGUCAGCAAGGCAAGCAACAACAUGGCUGCCCAUCGGAUACGAGUGACCAACAACAACAAUGCCCUUCCACGCUGUAAGUCAGAGGGCACGUUGAUUGACCUCAGUGAGGGCGUGUCUGAGGCCAGUCUUACAGAUGUCAAAGUGCCUUCUCCCAGUGCCUUGCGAUUGGACAGCUCUGCCUCCUUUGGGACUGCACAGGAAGUAGUGGCCAUCAAGGAUUACUGCCCAUCCAGCUUUACCACACUGAAGUUCUCCAAAGGUGACCACCUCUAUGUGCUGGACACGUCAGGAGGGGAGUGGUGGUAUGCCCACAACAAUACAGAAAUGGGAUACAUUCCCUCUGCAUAUGUCCAGCCAGUCAACUAUAGGAACUCGUAUCUCAGUGACAGUGGGAUGAUUGACAAUCUUGGGGACUGCUCAGAUGAAGGGGUGAAGGAGUUGGACCUUUUAGGGGAGUGGACUGGAGUGACCCUGAAGCCCUCUUUGCCUUACAAUAACAACAACAACCCCUUUUCCGUGCAUUCUUCAACAAAUCCAUUCCUGAAUGGCUCAGUGCAGGGCACUCUUGACCAGAACAGCAAUGAGAAGGCCAACCAGAACAACAGCAUUGAUCUCCUUCUCUUUGAUUCUCUUACUCCAUCUGUUCCCAUCUCCAUUACCACCAGCAACGGCACCACAAAUUUAUACAGUAACAGUAUUUUUGAUGGCAUGCCCACCAGCCCAAAUGUUGAACCCUUGCAGACGAUCCGCAAGGACAACCCUUUUUUCCGGAGCAAAAGAUCCUACAGCUUGUCAGAGUUGUCGAUCCUACAGUCUCAGUCCAGUCCUCCAAUGCCUUCAUCAGGUUUCUUCACAGGGCUUAAGGCACCUUCUCCAGAGCAGUUUCAGAGCAGAGAGGACUUCAGGACAGCCUGGCUAAACCACCGGAAGUUGGCCCGGUCAUGUCAUGACCUUGACUCCUUGGGGCAAAAUCCAGGAUGGGGCCAAACACAACCGGUGGAGACCAACAUUGUCUGCAAGUUGGACAGCUGUGGAGGGGCAGUCCAACUGCCAGACACUAGUAUCAGUAUUCACGUACCUGAGGGUCAUGUCGCAGUGGGUGAUACCCAGCAGAUAUCUAUGAAGGCUUUACUGGAUCCACCACUGGAACUGAACAACGAUAGAUGUACCACGGUCAGCCCAGUAGUCGAGAUCAAAUUGAGCAACAUGGAGAUAAAAUCGUUCAUAACCUUGGAGAUGAAAGUGUCUGUAGAAGUAAAGAAAGAGAGUAGACAAAUGGCAAAGGUCCUAUGUGUGAGGAGUGACUGCAAAGAGGGCCCAUACAUCCCUGUCCCACAGGCUUACAUAUAUGGGGACACAGUUCAGGUCCAGUUGGACAGUCUGGAACCUUGCAUGUAUGUGGCUGUUGUCGUCCAGUCCAACCACAUUUUGUUUAAUUCAACAGUUUGGGAUCAUGUGGUGAAGAAAGUCACUCUGGGCCUAUAUGGACCCAAGCACAUUCAUCCAUCCUUUAAGACUGUAGUGGCCAUCUUUGGACAUGAUUGCGCUCCAAAGACUCUGCUUGUCAGUGAGGUUGGCAAGCAGGCUCAGUCUGCUCCGCCGGUAGCACUACAGCUUUGGGGGAAGCACCAGUUUGUCCUUGGUAGGCCGCAGGACCUACUGAUUGGCAUGUACUCCAACAUGUCUAAUUAUGAGGUGAAGGCAAGCGAACAGGCUAGGGUAGUAAGAGGAUUCCAGAUAAAACUUGGAAAGGUGAGUCGGCUCAUAUACAUGAUCACGUCUCGGAACGCAGAGGAGUUGUCUGACUUCACCCUUCGGGUACAGGUGAAGGACGAUCAGGACUGCAUCCUCGCCCAGUUCUGCGUUCAGACACCACAGCCACCUCCUAAGACUGGGAUGCGAGCCAACGGCCAGCGGAGGUUCUUGAAGAAGAAGGAAGUAGGCAAAAUAAUUUUGUCACCUCUGGCCAUAACCACCAAAUACCCGCAGUUUCAGGAGCGUUGCAUCACAAACUUGAAAUUCGGCAAAUUGAUCAAGACAGUCAUCAGACAAACGAAGAACCAGUACUUGCUGGAAUAUAAGAAGGGGGACGUUAUUGCCUUGCUAAGCGAGGAGAAGAUCAAACUGAAAGGACAACUGUGGACCAAAGAGUGGUAUAUCGGAUACUAUCAGGGAAAGACUGGGCUUGUGCAUGUGAAAAAUGUGCUGAUCUUGGGUAAGGUCAAGCCUAUAUACUUCUGCGGGCCAGACCUCACUACCACAAUGCUGCUGGAACAAAUUCUAAAGCCCUGCAAGUUUCUCACAUACAUUUAUGCCUCCGUGAGGACUGUACUGAUGGAGAAUGUGGGAAACUGGAGGGCGUUUGCUGAUGCCCUGGGUUACGGAAACCUGCCCUUGACUUAUUUCUGCAGGGCAGAGUUGGAUAGUGAACCAGAGAGAGUGGCUUCCGUGCUGGAGAAACUCAAAGAGGACUGCAACAACAUGGAAAUCAAGGAGAAAAAAUCAUUUCAGAAGGAGCUAAUGACGGCUCUGCUGAAGAUGGACUGUCAGGGUUUGGUGGCGCGUCUGAUUCUGGACUUUGUGCUGCUGACCACCGCAGUGGAGGUGGCCCCGCGCUGGAGGGAGCUGGCCGAGAAACUGGCCCGAGUGUCCAAACAGCAGAUGGAGGCUUAUGAGGCCCCACACAGAGACCGGACAGGAGUGGUGGACAGCGAGGCCAUGUGGAAGCCGGCGUACGACUUCCUGCUGACGUGGGCGGCUCAGAUCGGCGACAGUUACCGCGACGUUAUCCAGGAGCUGCACCUGGGCCUGGACCGCAUGAAGAACCCCAUCACCAAACGCUGGAAACACCUCACAGGUACCCUCAUCCUCGUCAACUGUCUGGACAUGCUCCGAAGCUCCGCCUUCAGCCCCGCCCCUCAGGAUGACUUCGCCAUCUAGAGGACGCUCAGCCCGGACUCCUCCCCCUGUCCAAUCACAGAAGGAUCACCUCUUCGUCUGCACAAUCCUGGAGGACACACUUGGCUUUCACCUUGGGGUUUCUUGUGUAAUAUCAAUUGACUCCACCCUCUAAUCUGCAUAUUUGUACCUCAGUCCAAUCCCUGCGUGGGUUUUUGCAUAAUCCUCUCCGCCCCUCUGUCCUGAUAGGGCAAGCCAAAACACUAAUGUGGUUUCAGUAUAGCUGUAUUUUGAAGUUCUACGAGGCGUUUUUAUCAAGUCUUCUCCUUUGCGAUACAUAUAUUUUUUAUAUACUGUGGCACAGCGACAAUUUUUAGAGUCACUUUGACACUUUUCUGAAGAUUUUUUUUGUUUGUUUCUCCAGUAACUUAUGGAAAAACUCAUCGUUCUGUAACGUGAUGUCUACUUUUUGCAGUAACACUCCUCUAAGCCCUUCCCUAAUCUGAUUGCCAAAUGAUCGUAAGCCUUUUCGCUUUAACAGCAUGUUAUCUCACCGCUAAAUUCAGCUCAAAAUCCCAACCUGCUUCAUUUCUUAUGGAAGGAUUAGAUGUUUCUGCAUUGGUAAAGACAGAUGGACAAUCUGAAACAGAUAUAUGCACAACAGAACGUCAUUCGUGGUGGGAUGCUCAUCGUCAAUCUCUGGAUUUGACGAGAACCUGGAUUUUAGGCCUCAUGUUGCACGCCUUUUUAAAACGAUGAUCAGAAAGAGAGAAGGUUCAGUGUCUGAAAGUCAUUUGUUCUUUUAAGUGAACAUUUAAGGAUGACUUCUACCAAUUUUUUCCCAAAUUUAUGCACAACUAAACGGUUUAGAUUGUAAACAAAGUCACGCAGAGUGGUUCAGAAAAACCAGACGCCCCCCUCUAAAUGCUCCUCACAGAAGGUUCCUACAUGAAAUGGUUAUGAAUUCAGUGCCUGAUGACUGAGACGCUGUUUGAUGGUAGUUUUGAGAAGAUUUUGGUCGGAAACAUUUUCAAACUUCAUUCAUGGUGGAGGGAUACAUAACAUGCAGGGUGCUUUGCAGCAAAAUAGUCCCCACAGAAAACGUAUUAUUCCAGAUUUUCCACUAUUUUCCAUCAUCAACGUUCCAUAUAAACUCAGAAGUCACUUAGCUUCCAACCUGAGGAGCUAGCUGGCUAACUAAGCUACUAUAUUCCUUUUACAUAUGCAUAACGAGUUCCAUAAUGAGUUCGCUUAGGUAGUCAACAAACCCAGUCAAACACUGAAGACUGAACUUCUUUCUUUAAUUUACAGUAACUUGUAGUUUUUCAGCAACUUAUUUACUCAAACUUGAGUUGUUUGAAUUAUUAACACUUUGACUCGUAUUGACUCGUCUCUGCACCGAGUCAUCUCACAUCAAGCCACUCUGAAUGACUUUGUUUACAUCACAACAUUUGCAUUAUGUUGAAAGUUUGAAAAAUUGGUAGAAUUCACAUUUGACAUGUUGGCAUUUAACUCCGAUUUUUCUGCUUGCCUUAAGUCAGAAGCUGAAGAUAAGGCUAAACAAAUAAAGCCCUAUUGGAGCUGGAUUAGUUUAGCACAGAACGUCAGGUAUGUAAUUUGAUCUGUGAAGUUUCCCUGAAAUUCCCCAAAUAUCCCAGAUCCGAAUAUCACCACGCAGAUGUUUACUUCAGCAUUAGGUGGCAUUAUAUGGUGCCACCCUUAUGAACAAGCUGAUGCUAAAUAUCACACACAAAACAAAAUAGGUGAUCACCUGUUAUCCUACGGCAAUAACAGUAUAUGCUGUCGAAUCAUAGCAUACGGGAAGGAAUAUACCCUGAACUGCUGUGGAUUUCUCUAGUCUGGUCAUGACUUUGAGCAGGGCACCCAAUCCUGGUCCAGGAGAUCUGCCAGCCUGGAGAGUUCAGAUCCAACACACCGGGCUCUAAUAAUCAGAUGUCUCUGAAGGCCUUGAUUACCAGGAUCAAGUGUGAUAGACUAUGGUUGGAGGUCAACUCUGCAGGGUGGUAGCUCUCCAGGAUAAGGACUGGGCACCCCUGACCUUGAGGAUAAAGGAAUUGGGUCAAUAAAUCUCUAAUUAGCUGUUAGCCUUGUCAUCAGGCUGUGAAAAA